UCCUUCUCUCUCAAACUUUCUGUGCCUCCGCUGCCGCGACUACUGCAUUUUCCGCCUCAUUGCCCUCUGGGGUGUAAUCAAAACCAACCAUGGCGGACAAGGCCGUCACCAUCCGAACCAGGAAGUUCAUGACCAACCGCCUUCUCUCUCGCAAGCAAUUCGUCAUUGAUGUUCUUCAUCCAGGCAGGCCAAAUGUUUCCAAGGCUGAGCUGAAGGAGAAGCUGGCAAGACUCUAUGAGGUCAAGGACCCGAAUGCAAUCUUUGUUUUCAAGUUCAGGACUCACUUUGGUGGUGGCAAAUCUACUGGAUUUGGAUUGAUUUAUGACUCUGUUGAAAAUGCAAAGAAGUAUGAACCCAAGUACAGGUUGAUCAGGAACGGACUUGAUACUAAAGUAGAGAAGUCAAGGAAGCAAUUGAAGGAGAGAAAGAACAGAGCCAAGAAGAUCCGAGGAGUAAAGAAGACCAAGGCUUCAGAUGCUGCCAAGACAAAGAAGAAAUGAGGGCUAGUGAUUUCGGUUCUAGUUUUUGUUCAUGUUUUGCCUUUAGGAUGCGUUUAAAAUGAAAGAUUUUGCCUGUCAUUGUGGAUUUUAGAGAGCCAUCUAAUAUUUAGUUUUUUUUUUUUUUUCUUCCUAUUUUUUCCCGAAUAUCAGUAUUAUGAUGAGGACAGAUUUAUCAUAUUAAGUAGCAACAGAUUUCAGAUUA